CAGAGUCCCUCUUCUUGUCAGCCAUGUCGGCUCAGCCUGGACGCGACCUUUCACUCUGCUGGGAGCAACACUGCAAGCUGCUGCCGGGGGUCGCCAGUGUUCACGCCGACACAGUGCAGCACUGGAGCGUUCAAGAGGUGUCCGAUUUCAUCCACUCACUUCCUGGUUGCAGGCAACAAGCCGAACGGUUUAAAGACGAGCAAAUCGAUGGGCGGGCCUUCCUCCUUCUCACCCAAAGGGACAUCAUCAGCAUCAUGUCAAUCAAACUAGGCCCUGCCCUCAAGAUCUACAACUCCAUUCUCAUGUUCAGACAUACUAAAGACAGCAACCAAUCACAGGCCAGCGGGCCAGACACAUGACACCUGAAGACUGACCUGCCCAUUUGUAGUCUCCACCCACCACACCUUCAUUACCACUUCUGGGAGAGCUGGAAGAGACGGUGUGCCAUCCCAUAACCUCCUCCUGCUCUGUCAAAGGAGACUAGGCCCCGCCCACCACACCAUCAUCACCCACCACCAUCUUCAGCUCUUAGCUGACUCCACCCACAAUGUCACCAUCCAGUUAUUGACUGACCUCCACCUGGAUGCCUUGUCGUCCUCCAUCUUACCACUCCCUGUCCUCAGUCAUUCCGCUUUGAUUUUACGUAAUCAGAUCCCGUUAACAGGAAGUAGCUGCUGGCUUCUGUGUUUCCUGACAUUUUCCAUCUGCAAA